CCACCGCCUUCGUACUGUUGCUUUGUAACUGCUGCCAACCAGGCCAGCCAGACCCGAUCCAGACCCCCACGAAACAGAUCGUGCGCGCCCAAAGCAGUCAAUGCGAUCCGUCGACAUCGACAGACUCCACCCCAACGCCGGGCGGAGCGGUGCGCACAUGUCUCCCGCCGCCACGAGGGACGUGGAUGUGGCAUGCCCUGCCAUCCUGCCGGAAUCCGACACCACCGCCUUCACCGUAAUCGACCGUCUGACCGUUCAAGGCGUCGCCAACAGGCGCGCUGCGUCGGGGAAGCUCGUUGCCGGCGUUGCUGCACCCGCCGAUCUGGAGCUCUUCAAGAAGCUGGCAUGGGACGACGAGCUAACGAGGUCACUGAAGGGGAGGACGUGUCACAAGCACAAGCCUGUGGCCAAGCGCUGGGAUCACCGCCUGAGCCAUGAGACCCUCAGCCGAGGCGGCAGUUCGCUGAAGAAUGCUGCUCGCUAUCUCAAGACUCCAGGACUCAUCUCCUUAGGAGGAGGUCUGCCUUCACCUGAAUAUUUUCCCUUCCACGAGAUCGAUGUGAAAGCGCCACGACCUGCCAGGCUGGGUCUGCACGAAGAUGGCAUCGUCGAGAGUGAUGUCCUUUCCAUGGGCAUGCACGACAUGGCCAAGGGAACUUCUGCCUUUGAUCUAGCCACUGCUUUGAACUACGGUCAAGGACAUGGCAGUGCACAAUUGCUCAGAUGGAUUGUCGAGCAUACCGAAGUCGUACAUGACCCACCAUAUGCCGACUGGAGUUGUACGAUGACUGUGGGCUCGACUGCCGCCUGGGACAUGACUUUGAGAAUGUUGUGCAGGCCUGGCGACUACAUUUUAACCGAAGAGUACUCUUUCCCAGCCGCCAUUGAGACCGCUGCACCCAUGGGCGUCAGGUGCGCCGCUGUCAAGAUGGACUCGCAGGGAAUGAUCCCAUCCUCGCUUGAUGAUGUCCUGAACAACUGGGAUGCUGUGAAGCGUUGCGGCCCCAAGCCCUUCCUCAUCUACACUGUUCCAACUGGCCAGAACCCGACAGGUGCUACCCAGUCUUUGGCGCGAAGAAAGGACAUCUACAGAGUCGCCCGAAAGCACGACUUGUUCAUCUUCGAGGACGAGCCAUACUACUUCCUCCAAAUGCAACCAUACACUGGACCAAACGCACCAGAAGUGCCACCACCAGCUACAUACGAAGACUUCCUCAACUCCAUCGUUCCAUCUUUCCUGGCUCUGGACAUUGACGGCCGUGUCAUGCGUGCAGACUCAUUCUCCAAAGUCCUCUCACCAGGCUCUCGUUGCGGUUGGAUCACAGCUUCCGAACAAAUCUGCAACCGCUUCCGCACGCACGCAGACGUCUGUACGCAAGGACCUUCCGGAUUCAGCCAGAUCAUCCUCUUCAAGCUUCUCGACGAGACAUGGGGUCAUACCGGGUAUCUGGACUGGCUCAUGCAUAUCCGCAUGUCAUACACCAAGCGAAGAAACGUCAUGAUGGAAGCUUGCGAACGAUACUUGCCCAAAGAUAUCGUGAGCUGGGUGCCACCUACUGCUGGCAUGUUCCAUUGGUUGCAAGUCGAUUAUCAGAAACAUCCUGCGUAUGGCAUGAAAUCCAUGGACGAGAUUGAGGAGGAUAUAUUCCAGGCUAACGUUGCUCAUGGAACGCUGCUGAUGAAGGGGUCUUGGUUUAUGGCUGAGAAGAAUGGGAAGCGAAGCACCAUGUUCUUCCGCGCCACCUACGCCGCAGCACAAUUCGACCAAAUCGACGAGGCCAUCAAACGUUUCGGCAACGCUAUUCGAGAAGAAUUCGCUUUGAAGCCAUAUACUAAUGGUUAUCACGCUACGAAUGGUCACGGCAAUGGGUAUGCCAACGGUCACUAAGCGAAGUCGGUGCGCAGCAAAUGCCAGAAAAGUAAUAAGCCCUGGAUCUCCGGCUAGAACGAAGAUGGGUGAUGAGAUGAGAUUAGAGAUUAUGACAUGACUCGCGUUCCCUCUUUUUCCGGCUGCGAAUUUUUUUCUUCGCUUCCUGGUGGUAGUUGAUAGCAGCGCAUUCGUUGGCUUUGAAAAGCGAAGUCUUGAUCAGCGCGCUUUUUCUCAGGGUUGCUUUCUCGAGAGGCUGGGAAUGGCACAUUUGGCCUUCUUCGGAGUCGGUCCUUCAGGCAGGCAUGAAAUGAGUAAUCGAUUGCCAUCAUCAUCCUGU